UCUUAAUGGGAGAUGGGUUACUAAAAUGUUUAACUGGAAUCCUUUAUAGGCAAUCUCUUAAAGAAGGAAUAUUCUUUUAUUAGUUUCUGGCCUUGCUCUUUUAAUUUUUGUUCUUGCUUUCACCAUCUUCAUCAUUGUCUUCUUAGCACCUGUGCACGGUUAGCAGGCCGUUAACAGACAAAACAGUAAGCAGAGUCAGGAAGGAGUAAAAUCCGAGAACUGGAAAGGAGCUCCUGCACACCUUGGCUUUGCCCUCUGUGGCUCCCCUGGACGCUGUGUUUAUAUUCUAUUUUUGGCUUGGCACUGGCAUCAUAGGGAUAAUCAGUUACUACACUUUGUUUACUAUGAAAAACAUUUCCUAAACUUCCACAUCAGCUCCAGUGCAAGAGUUAGAUAAUGACUUUAAGGCUUCUCUGCUUUCAAAUCUGCAAUGACGUUUCAUAUCUGAAGCCGUGUCAGUGGGCUUUGGAGUCAGAUGGUUUGGGGUUCAGAUUCCUGCUUUGACCCGCAGAUAGUAUUAAAAUGCUUUACAGUAGGGAUACUGUUUUCCUCAGGGAGCAUUUUUUAACAUUAAAUUGAGUAUAGCACCUGACAUAGAAGUUGCUCAAGAUAUUCGUUGCUUUUUAUUUCCCUUCCCCAUUAAAAGUGUAUUUACUUAAAUAAGAAAUAACUUGAACUUUAUAAUAUUAGUAUUGGGGAAAUUCUUUUGGGGGUGGUUAUUUUCAAUAAAAUGUCUUAUUAGGUAACCAUUGUGGUUACAUUACAGUUCACUUUAUGUUAAAACCAGGGGCUGCAGUGGUGGAGUAGAACCAAGUCGCAAUUACCUAGGUUUCUUGGUUACCCAAUUUAAGAAUAGUUUGUGGCAAAAGAAAUGAAAGGGAGUGUUACCUAAAUCUAAAGUUCCAAAGGCUGAAACGUGUUAGUUUCUUGGAAUGACAGUUCGUGAUGCAUUAACUUCCUCCAGUUUCUCAAUCCAUAGAAGCAAAUACCUUUAAUUCAGUGAUUGUGCAUUUCCUUUUAAUAAAACUCUUCUGGGCUGGUAAGGGAAGUAAUACAGUAACAAAUUCCUUUCCCUUUCCCUUGCUGUUUGUAUUCUGCUGGACUGUUGCCACUUCAGGCUCUGUGCACCUAUGUAGGUAAAAUGUGUCCCCCCCUCUGCCCCGCCCCCGAGGUUAAACACAACAGUAGAAAACCCAACAACCCAGAAACCUUUACAGGUGGAAAAGACUUUGGGAAGUUUUCUCUUACGCCUUUACCUCCCCAGUAUCUGGAAUAGAGCAGAAAAAUUAUGCCUGUGUUCCCUUGGGACUCAUUGGAAAUUGUACAGUGACAUCUUCUGGGAUUUAGUCUGGAGUGUGCAGACUGGUGCCUAAAAUGGAAGUAGAUGUUAAUGGAGAGGCCAGAAGUACCCUGAGCACCCUGCCCUUGCCCGUGGCUGAGGUGAGCUCCCCGGGGAAGGCAGAGGCCGAGAAGCCCCGCUGCUCCAGCACACCGUGCUCGCCGAUGCGCCGGACGGUCUCAGGCUACCAGAUCCUCCACAUGGACUCGAACUAUUUGGUUGGCUUCACUACUGGCGAGGAACUCCUGAAGUUGGCCCAGAAGUGCACAGGAGGUGAAGAGAGUAAGGGAGAAGCCGUGCCUUCCUUGCGCUCCAAACAGCUGGAUGCAGGACUUGCACGUUCCUCUCGUUUAUAUAAAACCAGAAGUAGGUACUACCAACCGUAUGAGAUUCCAGCUGUCAAUGGCAGGAGGCGAAGGCGGAUGCCCAGCUCAGGAGACAAGUGCACUAAAUCUUUACCUUAUGAACCUUAUAAGGCCCUCCAUGGGCCCCUGCCUCUUUGUCUUCUUAAAGGUAAGAGGGCUCACUCCAAAUCUCUGGACUACCUCAAUCUAGAUAAAAUGAGCAUCAAGGAGCCAGCUGACACAGAAGUGCUACAGUACCAGCUUCAGCACCUAACCCUCAGAGGGGACCGUGUGUUUGCUAGGAAUAACACAUGAAUGACCUGCGGAAUGUGUAAACCAGUUUAUGACAGCCUGCACUCGGCCAGAAAAAGCCCGCUGUUGGACUCUGUACAGGACUCUCCACAUUAUAGAUGGUUAUAUCUGCUAAGUGUUCCAGGAACAUAAAAAUUGUUCGGAUCAAAUUUGAAUACAGAAAUAAAAUCACAGGUACUUGGGGAGAAAUCAUUCUAGAGCACGCAACUACAAAGAAAACAGAAUGUUGACCAUUAGUUUGUAUAGCUUUUUAGCUAGGAAAAAAGGCUUGGUACGGUAAGAUCUUUAUGAUUCUCACGCUCGAAUUGGGAAUGCUAUCUGCUCGGUUGUUGCUGACAUGGUAUGAUUCAUUAGAAAUUCAUAUCUUAAGUACUCAAGUACUUCUUUAACCUCUGUAUUUUACUAUACAAUGUAUGUCAUGAUUUGUUUUAUGAAAUUUAGAACUUGAACAUUGCUGAAUUUUGGACCACUUUUUAUUUUUAAAUAUUGAGUUUAAAUAUUUUAUAACUGGUUUUGCACUGAAAAAAAAUAACAACUAACAUUUCCGAUUGACACAAGAGCAUAAGCUUUCUUCACUUGCCUCAAUAAUAUUAUUGAGCAAUGAAUUUUUUAUUUCCGCAUGGAAAGUUACUGAUCUCUAUGGCUGUAAAAUAUUUCUUUAUAGUGUUAUUAACAUGUCUUAAUAAAAUUAAAUUUGGGAUACAAAGUAUUUAUUUUACAAUAGGUGGGGGGUGGGGGAAGCUUUUCCAGAAAGUUUCCAAUGUGAAGUUUUCAUGAGUUGAAAAAGUUUCCUUUGGGCUUAUUUUCUAAUUUAAAAUUCAUCUGGAACUUUAAAAUGGAAAGGAUUCUUUUAAUUGUGGAUUAUAGGCAUAAUACUGUUUGCAUCUGAAUGUUCUGUAAGUGAAUGGAACUUUAAUAGAGGAACUCUUGAUUUCUACUAUCGAAUGCUUAAUCAAAGUAUGAAGUGAUACCAUUCAGCAUGGCAUCGGGUCAUCCCAGUUUUAGGUUUUUGCCGCGCAAGCACUCAUUGAAAUUCCAGUUUCUAGGAUUAGUGUAGGAGCCUAAAGUGCUCUGCAGAUUUAAUAGGUUAAACCUGGAUUACUUAACAAUUUAUGUCAAUUGCACUGGUUUAAUUGUUGCUAAAGAAAUACUGUCCUGGCUUUAGUAACAAAUACAGCUCAACUAUUCUUGAAUAUAUUUUGGGGAAAAAAAAUGUAUGUCACUUACCUUUUUUAAAAGUUUCUAUUUCUUUUUUGACUCUUAAAGGUGCAAUUUAUCACUGAAUUGGCAUUUCUGGCAGCAUAGACCUGCUUAUUUUAAAGUUUAUUUUGGGGGCUGUGAGUUUCUUGGGUGUUAGCACUCUUGCUUAUAAAGUAAGAACACCUUUUAAUUAAUGAAUGGGCCAUUCCUGGUGCCGUUGUGACUUUUCUUUAGCCGGAAUGAAUGGCAAACUAUUUAGAGCAGAAUAAGUAUUAGAAACCCCUAGGAACUCUUAAUCAACAUUUAUUAUGCUUUCACUGAGGCAGACCUUAUGAAAGAACCUUGGUGAAGUUGGCCCAUAGCUUACUGAGUUGAUCAAAUUUCUUGGUGGGCUGGAAAUUUUCAGCUGUUGAUACUUUAACGUAAAUUGCACCUUUGUAACAUAUUGACAAAUGGUCACUAAGAUUAACCAUCUCUAUACAGUCAUUAGUUUGACAAGAAAUAGAAUCCUGUCAGAUGCCAAAGAGUUGGGAUUUUUACGUUUAAUGAUUAGACAUCGUUAUUUAUUGAUGAUUUACCCUGUGGAACUGUAUUAUUUCUAACUAUGAAAUAAAAGGGUGAUGUAAACACA